AUGUCGAAGUUUUCCGACGAUGCUCGAGUACUCGCCGACAGAGGAUACGAUAUUAUCGACGGUGUCCGAUUAGGAGAAGGGACGUACGCUAAAGUAAAGUGCGCAUACUCGCGGGAUAUGAAAAUUUACGUAGCGGUCAAGGUCAUCGAUAGGAAAAAAGCACCAAAAGAUUUCCUUCAAAAGUUUAUGCCAAGAGAACUCGCUAUAAUACAAACGUUGAGACACCCACACAUUAUCGAAGUUCAUGAAGUAUUUGAGGAAGGAGAAAAGGUUUACGUCAUUAUGGAAUACGCAGAAAAAGGAGACUUGUUGGACCACAUUAAAAGGAGAGGUUGCAUCCGAGAAUCCAAAGCAAAAGUAAUAUUGRUACAACUCCUCGAUGCCGUGGAUUUCUGCCACAAACAAGGAAUUGUUCAUCGAGAUCUAAAAUGCGAAAAUGUCUUGAUAAACAAGAACAAUGAAGUCAAACUGACUGACUUUGGUUUUGCUAAAUUUAAGAUGAAUAAUGAAUUGUGCAAGACGUUCUGUGGGUCAGCGGCUUARGCUGCAUUAGAAAUAUUACAAGGUAUCGAAUACGACGGUGAAAUGGUGGACGUGUGGAGUCUGGGUGUGGUCCUUUUUACRAUGGUAACYGGKCGAAUGCCAUUUGAUGACUCAAGCCUGAGCACGUUGAAAAAACAAAUGAAACAGGGUGUGGCCUURAGAAAACCUAAACAGAAUAUAUCUGAAGACUGUAAAGACUUGAUACGCAGUAUGCUGACUCCAAAUCGACACCAGAGAAUUACAAUACAUCGAAUCAAAUCKCAUKGAUGGCUUGCUGAACCGCAGUCGCGCUCAAGUAGCUCAAGAACUGUAGCUUCAGUYUAA